CCCUACCCCCCGCUCCUCUGUCACUUCCUGAUUCCCGCUUCCUGCUUCCCAGAGGCCGGGAUCCGGAGCCGCCCGAGGCCGGUGCCGCAGUCCCCGGCGCCCCCGACAUGUCCUUCCGAAAAGUGGUUCGGCAGAGCAAAUUCCGGCAUGUGUUUGGGCAGCCGGUCAAGAAUGACCAGUGCUAUGAGGACAUUCGAGUGUCCCGUGUCACCUGGGACAGCACCUUCUGUGCAGUCAAUCCCAAGUUCCUGGCGGUGAUUGUGGAAGCCAGCGGUGGGGGCGCCUUCCUGGUGCUCCCCCUGAGCAAGAUGGGCCGCAUUGACAAGGCAUACCCGACGGUGUGUGGACACACGGGACCUGUCCUAGACAUCGACUGGUGUCCCCACAACGACGAAGUCAUCGCCAGCGGCUCAGAGGACUGCACAGUCAUGGUGUGGCAGAUCCCAGAGAACGGGCUGACCUCCCCGCUGACAGAGCCGGUGGUGGUGCUGGAGGGGCACACCAAGCGAGUGGGCAUCGUCACCUGGCACCCAACGGCCCGCAACGUGCUGCUUAGUGCAGGCUGUGACAAUGUGGUGCUCAUCUGGAACGUGGGCACGGCGGAGGAGCUGUACCGCCUGGACAGCCUGCACCCCGACCUCAUCUACAACGUCAGCUGGAACCGCAAUGGCAGCCUUUUCUGCUCCGCGUGCAAGGACAAGAGUGUGCGCAUCAUCGACCCCCGCCGGGGCACCCUGGUGGCAGAACGGGAAAAGGCUCACGAGGGGGCGCGGCCAAUGCGGGCCAUCUUCCUGGCAGAUGGCAAGGUGUUCACUACAGGCUUCAGCCGCAUGAGCGAGCGGCAGCUGGCACUCUGGGAUCCGGAAAGCCUCGAGGAACCCAUGGCCCUGCAGGAGCUGGACUCGAGCAACGGGGCCCUGCUGCCCUUUUACGACUCUGACACCAACGUGGUCUACGUCUGCGGCAAGGGCGACUCCAGCAUCCGGUACUUUGAGAUCACAGAUGAGUCCCCCUACAUCCACUUCCUGAACACAUUCACCAGCAAAGAGCCCCAGAGGGGUAUGGGCUUCAUGCCCAAGAGGGGCCUGGAGGUCAGCAAGUGCGAGAUCGCCAGGUUCUACAAACUGCAUGAGCGCAAGUGUGAGCCCAUUGUCAUGACUGUGCCAAGAAAGUCGGACCUCUUCCAGGAUGAUUUGUACCCUGACACAGCCGGGCCCGAGGCAGCCCUGGAGGCAGAGGAGUGGGUGAGCGGGCGGGACGCCGACCCCAUCCUCAUCUCUCUGCGGGAGGCCUACGUGCCCAGCAAACAGCGGGACCUGAAGGUCAGCCGGCGAAACGUGUUAUCUGACAGUCGGCCUGCUGUGGGCCCUGGCUCUGCUCGCCCUGGGGCCUCCACACCUGCUGCCUCCACCAAUACGACCACCUCCAGCAGCAGCGUCCCCAGAGCUGUGGAAGCUGGGAAGCUGGAGGAGGUGAUGCAGGAGCUGCGGGCACUAAGAGCGCUGGUCAAGGAGCAAGGGGAGCGCAUUGGCCGCCUGGAGGAGCAGCUGGGCCGCAUGGAGAAUGGGGACGCAUAGGAAGGACCACAGACCCAAUGGAUGCCACUCCCCGCACCCCACCCCCUUCUCACUCAGCCUCUGCUGGCAGGUCACACCGCCCCCCUGCUGAGGGCCUGUGGGGCAGGUUCAGGGGCCAGUCCCCAUCCUGACCCACUUGUAGGCCAGGCAGGAGCCACCUGGCUUUGGCCUUGUUACUGUGGAGGAUUUUUGUACCAAGGCAGGCUUAUACUCUGAGGGACCAUCUCCCCACCCCCAGCCCAGCCCCCUGCUCCCUCCCGGAGGAGUGGGAGGAAGGGCUCUAUAUUUUCAUCCAAAUAAAAUUCGCUUUCUAAAAGCCA